AUGGACACCUCCAAGACCGAGCUGAUUGAUUAUCCACCGAAGCAUACACUGACACCGGCUAUAUCGGCAUCGAAAAAGAUGAAGAGGGCAAAAACAAAGACUAUUCCCAUAAAACUGAUAAAACUAAAGAAGAUAGUAAAGAAACUGAUCACGGGAGAGUUUCGGUGGAAUGCUAAUACUUUUCAAUUGGAUUAUAUUACUAGGCAGCAAUUAAUUGAAGAGAGAGAACCCGAAAAGAAAAAGAAAGCAAAAGCCCAAAAAGACCCUCACCAAGACUUAUCUUUUGAUGAGUGA